CGGGGACGCAGAGGCCUGCAGCAGCAUGAGAAAGAACCAGACGAUGCAGGGCACCUUCAGCAAGCUCUUUGGGAAGAAGCAUACCAACUCUGCCACCACGUCCCUCUACGCCACCAACCCACCCUGGAUUUUCACCCAAGAGGCCCAGGAGGAGGGAACCAGGGACUUUGAUGGGAUCUAUUACGGAGACAGUCACUUCAACACUGUGAGCGAAUCCGGAACAGCCACCCUGAAAGCCCGGCCAAGAGUCCGGCCCCUGCUGACCUUCCUUCCCUUGAGUGCCCAGGAGAACCAUGGGCUGGCUGUACCCACCCCCUCUGUCCCAGAAGGCUUUGCAGACAAAGGACUGGGAGGCACCAGCUCACUUGUCAACGGCAACCUCCGGCUGUACAGCUCUGUAGGCGACCUGAGGCCUCACUAUGACCUCGACUCAUCCAUCCCCCCACCCCCUCCAGGCCCAGCCCCAGGCCCACCCCAGGACAGUCCACAGCCUCCAGGAGAGUCCCCUCCACCACCACCUCCGUGUGUCCCUCCCCCUCCUCCUCCCCUGCUGGUGGAACCCCCACCCCCACCCAGCACAGCCCCGCCCCCGCCCCCAGCCCUGGACACCUCGUCUCCCUCAUCUCCCCUCUCCCCACCAUCGACACCCACCCCUCCAGACUUCAUACCCCCCGCCCCACCGUCAACCUUUCUAGACCCCCCUACCCCUGCUUUGCCAGCCCCAGGAUCCCCAACUCCAGUCUCUCCUCAUGCAUCUGGGACUCGUCUCUUACCUGCUGGGGGCAUUAUCAAGUGGAAAUCAGAAGUAGCACUCAAUGGCAGGCAGCCAGAAGACCCCAGAUUGAGCCCCCCCAAAAGCCCUGCUGAACUAAAGGGGAGCCCCCUAGGGGCUAGCCCCGAAUCCCACCUGACCUUCCCCAGGUCAUUCAAGGUGCCUCCCCCAGCUCCAGUCAGGACCUCCUCUAUCCCAGUUCUGGAAGCAGCAGGGCCCGUCUCCCCAAGGGAGGAGGAAGCCAGCCAGAAGGCCUCUACCCACCUCCAACCGCCUUCCAGCUUCAGCGUCCGCCCUGCCUCUCAAGUUUACCCAGACAGGGCCCCAGAGCCAGAGCACCAGAGAGAGCCCAGGCUUGAGACCCCAGGCAGCCCAAGGCUCAGGCAGUCUGAACCCCAGACAGACGGACAAGCUGCAGUUCCACCCCCAGCGCCUCCCUUGCCUCCACCUGCUCCUCCACUCCCUCCACCAGCGUCCUCCCUGCCCCCAACUGCUCCUCCUUUGCCCUCCACCGAGCAGGCAGUCCCUCCGUCUUCUGCAUUUAGGAAGACCCCCAAAACCAGCUCACCUCCUCUCAACUCCAAGCCCGACCCGCCCACUCUGGAGGACACAGCCUCGUCAGAACCCGUUGACUGGAGGGACCCCGGGCAGAUGGAAAAGCUUCGAAGUGAGCUGGCAGCCUAUCUCUGUGGCUCCAGGAAAGAGGAUCGGCCACUCAGCCACAGGCCAGUCCCUACGGUGGCCUUGAAAGAAAAGGAGAGCAAGAAGAGCCCCAGCCCAUCAGAGGAGGCAGCUCCGCCAAGCCUGCCUGAGAAGACACACCCCUGUGGUUCUGAGAAGAGUCCCUCCAGCAGCUACCUGCCAGAGAGAGAAACCACCAGCAGCCUGCCCCUGCCCCCUGUGGACUACAUCCCCCAGGGUACUCCAGCCCCCAGUGUCAAGCAGAUCCGGAGUGAGCUAGAGGCUCGGUUUGCCUCCUCAGUGGAGAAAGAAGCCAAACCCAGCAUAGCAUCUCUGCCUCCCAAACCCAGGUUGGAAGGAGGAAGAAUCUUUGAAAAUGGGACUGAUAAUGGCAGAUUACAUAAGCCUGUCACCAAGAAUCCACCCCAGCUGUCUGCCACUCCACUCCAGUCCAAGAUUACACCUGGUCCAGCAACACCACCCAAGGCCACACCUGGGCCACCCUUACCACUCAAGCCUGCACCUGGGCAGGCUAUCCUACCUAAGGCCACACCUGGGCCAGCCUUACCACCCAAGCCUACACCUGAGCAGACCGCGCCAUCCAAGGUCCCACCUGGGCAGGCCACGCCACCCAAAGACACACCUGAGUUGUCCAUCCCAUCAUCUCCGCUAAUGGCCAAGAAGGACCUUGUCCCAGUGAGGCAGAGAGAAAAGCCAGACUCUCAAGAAAAUGCAGUGGCCACCCAACUAUCCACAAAUGGAGCCCUCUCCCCUCCAGCCCUCCCACCAAAGAUGUCCACUGGUGGAGAGGAGGUACCAUUUCUCUACAGACCCCAUCGCAGCCACAACAGCCACAGCCGAGGGGUUGCUGUGGUGAUUCCCACUCGGGCCAGAGGGGAGGCCACAGGCUCAGGGGGACAAGUGGACGAAAAGGAGCCCCAAAGUCACCCAGCCAAACCUCUUGACCCAAUCCAGCCUGCUGACCAACUCCUCAGACACCCGGUGACUGGAGAGGUGGUGGAGCGGGGCUCCCCAAUGGCUCUGCUCCUUGCAGCCCGACAGAGGGCACAGAAGACCAGGCCUGGAGGGAGUGCGAUGGGGCUGGGAAGGUCCUCUCUGCCAGGGAGUCUCCGUGACCAUAGCAACCAAGCAGAGGCCAGCUCUGACAGCAUCUUUUACAGAGGUAGCCGGCCCAACUCCUUCCUUGUGGUCCCUAAGGCACCCAGUGAGACAGAGGACUCCCAUCGGACCUCAACACGGCCCGCUGGACCCAGUCAGUGGAAGCCACAGCAGGCUCGAGACACACAGGGCCCAGAGCCAACCCACAGGCAUGGGUGGACCAAGGCGGAGACCCCGGCCGCUGUGACCCGGGAAAGACCGGCUCCCUCAAGCUUACCCCAAGCCCGCGCCCUCCCCAAGUCCUUCUCCUCUCCACCCUCUCCUUCCUAUAAGAGGGAAGAAGAAGAGGAGUUCAGCUUUGAUAUCAUUCCGCCGCCUCCAGAGUUCAGCAACGACCCGGAGCCCCCCGCCCCUGAGCUGCAGCAUCAGGGUCGUCACGGGUCUCCACCCAGGAACAACUUCUCGGACUUGGGACAGGCGCUGGAGGCGAGCCCCGGGGCCAAUCCCGCUCGCGGCUUCUCGCGCUUUCCCGGCACUCAGUACCCCGAGUUCGGGGGCCUGGAUCGCUUCUCCGGCAGCGGACGCUCGCUCAUCAAGAAACGCCUGUACGUCGGGGAGCCCCACCACAACCCCGGGACGCCCCGCGGCGCCACCGGACGCAGCAUGAGCUCCCCUAACUGCUUCGGACCGCAGCCGGGAGGCCCCGAGAUGCGACGGGUCAACUCGGCUGGCCGCGCGGCCCCCGGAGGCCUGGACGCACGGAGGCUGUCGCUGGAGGGCGCCCGAGGCGCAGCUGAGGUCAAGUACAAGGUGCCCGGCGGCGGAGGUGGUGGUAGUGGCGGCAAAGCCGGUGACUAUGGUUUCGUCCCUCCUAAAAGCACCAGGUCUCCAUACGGCACCCACUAUGGAAGCCCCAUCAAUACGUUCACCGUGAGGCCGGGGACGCGCCAUCCCAUUUCCUAUGCCUACCCUGGGACUCAUUGGAAAGCCACCUCCUGAGCUGUGGCUCACUCGGCUCACUUCCAGGGGUUGGAUUUGGGCAGUUAGUUUGGGGGGGUGGGGGAGAGGCCACACCGGGUAUUAUAGGUCCCAGCUCAGACACCACCAAAGGCCUUUGUUCUGGAAGACAGAGAUACAGGUGGAUGUGUGAGUAGCAGA